CAGUACCCGCUCCACUCCGCGCCGAGUAGCCGCCGCGAGUGCAGGCCCCGCGACCCUCGCGACUACCACGCCACUCACUCGAACCGAAUUCACCGCGCACGAUUACACGGAAACUAUCACUUUCGCUCCAGAUGACAAUCAAGUUUCAACUAUGAUAACAGUGUGAAUUUAUUAGUGUGCACCGUCCGGCUCUACCACCACGGCAGCAUCGCAAGGUAGAUAUAAAAAUGCCCCAGUGGGCGAGUGCGGAAGGCGGCGGGUCCGAGGCGGAGUCCCCUGACCAGAUGAUGUGCUACUACGAAGACGAGACCUCAGAGUAUUAUGAUAACAAACCUGAUAUUGCCGAUAAGAUUGAACAGGCUGGAGAUUUCUACGACAGCGGCAGUGGGAGUGAUGAGCAGGUCGCCCGGCGCGUGUGUCGGCCGCGGCGGGCGGCUGCGGGCUCGUCGUCGUCUGCGGCCAGCAGCAGUGGCCCCGCGGGCCCCGGCCGGCGGCGUCGCUGCGGCAUCUCGGCUCGCGAGCGCAACCUGCGCCGCCUCGAGAGCAACGAGCGAGAACGAAUGAGGAUGCACUCACUAAACAGAGCCUUUGAGGAUCUUCGGCGUGUCAUACCCCACGUAAAGAAGGACAACAGGAGUUUAUCAAAAAUAGAAACACUCACCUUAGCCAAAAAUUAUGUAAAGGCCUUAACGAAUGCAAUUUGCACAAUGAGGGGAGAAGGUCCACGAUACCAAUUCAACAGUGACGAUGAAAACGUAGAGCCUGUAUUCGUGUUAAAUCGAGACCAGGAACAAAAUAACAAUGUGCCAAGUGACCAGGAUCGAGAGGACAGCCCUGGCUCCCGAAGUUGCCUCUGACAAAGACGCAAUAGUCCCCGCCUCGCUCUCCUCGUGUCCACCGCCAGCUCGCCAACUGUAUUGACAUGAACAAACACAGGAAUUACAUUCAAGCAUACAGGCCGUGGAUUGACAGUCUGUGUGCCCUCUAAGACCUAUACCUAUCUAAUUGAUGUUUCACUAUGAGAAUUACUAUUUUACCGAUAUAUUUUUUAUGUUCAUGCAUGUUUAUUAGCUUACACAUAUAAUCGCUAAAAGUCAGAGAAGCUAACGACCCUCGUAGCCCUCGAUCCAUGUUAUGAUAUGGUUUUCUGCAUAGGUGUGAAGGAUUUGCGCAUAGGGGACUCAAUUUAACAUUGAAGAAGAUAUAAAAAGAGCGAGUAAAGUGAUUAACUGAUGUGUUACCGCCAGAGAAAAUUAUUUAAAUAAUGUUGAAUCAUUUUAAAAGAAGUAUUAUACGAGAUAAAGCCACUAUAAAAAUAUAGGUAGCAAUGAUAUGCUUCGAUACCUGUUAGAGCACACCCAAAGACCAAUGGUACGAAUUAAUUGCUAGAUGUUAAAUAUUGUAAUCGUUAUUUAAGCAUGUUAUUAAAAUGUCAUUAAAAAAAAAAUAAAAAAAAAAAAACAAGAUUGGCUGCUGUCGUGAUAAGACGGAUUUUUAAGCUGCUCAUGUCUGUACAUUCCUAUGAUAUGCAUGAAUAGGUAUAAUUUAUUUUGAACGAAGAAAAACUGAACUUCAUGCAACAAAAUUGUUAUUUUUGAUACAUCUAGGUGAAAGCAAAGUAAUUAGAAAACAGACGUAACGUACAGAAGUACUUAAUUGGCCGGUAACCACCUAGAUAUGUAAAUAAAAUAAGCUCUACUUUAAAUAAUCAUUUAAAGAGCAAAGAUCAAGGGAAAUAAUCACCUACUUUAAAUGUUUCGAUCUCAAAGUUAUAACAUUAACAGAAGAAGUAAAUGUCUUGGUAACAAUUUAGAGUCAGUUUUAAAUUGUAUUUCCCUCUCAUGGUGCCAAAAUGACCGUUUUUUAUGCCAAACUAAAAUAAAAUGCUUUUAUUUGAUACCGUCGGCAACAGCGGCUUAUUUUUGUAAAACUUGUGUAACCUACUUUUUUGUUAUGUUGCUGACUGUACUCAAUUUACGUAUGUCCACGUAGUUAACAAUGCAAUUACUAUUAUUAAUGAUUGUGUCUACAGGUAAACUGUCAAUUCAACUUGCUAAGGUUUUUGAUGAAUGUAGUACCUAUAUCGUAAAGUGAUAUGUGCUACCAUUUUCGUCUUACGUAUCUAGGUACAAUGUAUUUAGAGAAAAUGUCAUAGAACGAUACGUUCGAAUCUAUACGUUCUGAAUAUAUUUUAUCCAAUGAAAUCUCAACUUAUAGUUACCUACCUACCUUUGAGUUUAUUUAAGUUUAGUUUUUAAUAUAAAUAGGUACAUAAUUGUUUAAGUACAUAUACCUACAAUGAGAAUGUUAGUAUUAUCAUUGAUGGACUACCAACAUUCUUAGUUAAGCAUUUUUACAGUCAUUGCGACUUUAACUAUGAUGUAUCAAGUAGUUAUAAUUAUAAAAUGUGCAAAUAUUUUUUUUGUAUUUUAUGCAAACAACUUGUGAUUAAAUUAUAUGACAAUUAUAUCUGCGAGAACAUUAUA